ACCUUUUAAUAGCCUUUCACUAAAACAGAAUACAGCUACCCUUUUACGACAAACUUUGCCCCAGAUGACCAUAUUUAUGCAAAUUUCGCGGCCAAGUGCACACACGUUACAGAGAGGAGAAAGUCAAACUGAACUUAGAACUCAGAACUGUAUCUAAGUUCAGGGUGAAACUGCAUGCGGUGAAUGACUCGGCAUUAGCAGCGCGGCGUGCGGUAUUCAAGAAGCCUACUUCCCCUGCAGCUUUUGUCACACUUGUCUCGUGUCUCUGGAGGAGAAGGAACCUACCCAAAGGUCUGAGAUUGCGUGUGGUAUCAAUACUAUGAUGAAAGUAGAAGCUGUACUUCCUGACCGAUUCCAACUUGGCGAGUCUGGGUUCUGGGACAUCAGGUCGGAAUCGUGGCUUGGGGUGGACGUGAGGGGUAAUGCAGUGAUACGAUACAAUCCAAGUAUACCUCGAGUGAACAGAAUCAAUCUCGAAAAAGAAACACAUUUCGCUAUUCCGCGAAGCAACGGCGGUGGAAAUGUGAUCACGCAGGCAGAUAGUGUAAACUUUCUGCUAGAGAAGACUGGAAAAACCACUCCUUUUGUCUCUGGAGAGAAGUUAGGGCUACCUGCUAAUGGACUCAUUAACGACGGAAAGUGCGACGCUAAAGGCCGACUCUGGUUAGGAACAUUCGUACCUGGAGGCGGCUUACACGAGCCAGAGAAAUGGAAGCCAGUUGGAGGAAUUGUUAGAAUCUCAGCUGAUGGCGCGGUCAGCACACAGGCCGACCAGUUCGUUCUACCAAACGGCCUGGACUGGACAACGGACAGCCGCACAAUGCUAGUUGUAGACAGCUUCAGCCUGAAGAUAUACGCCUUUGAUUUUGACCUGGACAAAGGCGAACUCAGUAACCGCCGAGUGUUCAAGCAGUGGGAGGCGGGCUCGGAGGAGUUCCCGGACGGACUUUGUAUUGACGCCGACAAUAAGGCUUGGGUGGCGAUGGUCGGCUCUGGACGGGUCAUUCAACUCGACAUAGAGACCGGGGAAGAGUUACAGAGCAUUAACCUCCCUUGUAAGGGAGUCACGUGUCCUAACUUUGGCGGCGAAGACUUCAGAGACCUGUAUGUGACGACAUCUGCAGCGUUAAGACUGCCAAAUUGGCCGGAGAAUCCCCCUGAGGCGGGCGCCAUCUUUAAAGUGACGGGAUUGCAUGCUAAGGGGAAAGCACCCAACUUGUUCGCCGGAUAGACAGUACGAGAGUUACUUACCUUGAAAGAAAAGACUGCCUUACACACUUGCCAUAAUCUAUUAUAGAAACGAUAGAAUGAUAUAACGGGAAGAAGUUAAAAACAUUGAUUCUUACUGGAGAAAUAUAUUCGAUGAAGAUACUUAAUUAAUCCUUAAAAAUAAUAAUAAUAGUAUUAGUUAAUGUAAACUCUAGCAAUUUACGAUGAUAGAAAUAAAGACAAAAUGUAUUAUAGACCUAACGUUUCAAGUUAUACUGCAAGACCAGCAGACUUGUUCAAUUAUGGUUAUACAUAAAUAUUAUUCUAGUCUCGAAAACAAGGGGCUGUAUGAAAAACCUAACUUUAAAAAGUAUGGCUUCUCGCCCCGGCUUUGCCGUAACUCAAAGUACACCGAAGUGUUCACUCGAUUAUUAUGACAAUCUAUACAAUAUUACCUUUUUUAGAACAGUUUUUGUAGGUUUAUUUGUAUUCAGCCAUUGUAGUUUUUAUAAAUAGAUUGGCAAAUAUUUCUGUGAGGAAUGCGAGGUUAUGGAGCAGUUUGUGUAUUUAUAUACCUCGGUUUGGCUAUCUUCAGCCUUUCGAUAGUGUAAUUGAGCACGCCCCCAUGUUUGAGCCCCACGAACCGCCCCUGGCGUGGUCGAUCAAGGAUUCGAAGGCUGUGGUCCUGCUGAUAGGUCAUAACAUGUUGGCUACGUUAUUGUGUUCAAAAUAUAAGAAUAUAUUAUAUAUUUAAUAUGCAACUGUUAUGGCAUUAGGUCAAAUAUAAUGCAUGACUUUUUCAUCACGUUGAAGAGUAUAUUAUACAACAUAUAACCUACUGUAUGAACUAUUAUGAUAAUAAACUGCUGUAUUUUAUUUCA